AUGGCUCCGCGAAGUUUGUACCUACAUGGGAAUUGGAUAGAGUGCCGACACCUCAAUGCGGGAAGGGUCGUGAUGUCAGAGGAUGAAAGCCAUCUAACAGGGGCACCGUGGAAGAAUAAUCUCUAUCUACUCCAAGAACAGGCCCCUGUGCCCCGGGUCGUCAAAUGUCGCAGAUACUUCGAACAUCGGCCCCCUCAAUAUGGCGAGGAAUUCCAUGGCCUCAUCGAAAGAGCCGAUGCUGAGGUGAUGCUCAAAGAAGCCGGCGAAGGAGCGUAUUUGGUUAGAGAAUCAAAGCGAUCCCUCUCGGCCUACACAUUAUGUAUCAUCUUCGAGGGACAUGUGCUCAACUACAAGCUUUACUAUGACGGGGCGCACUACGUCGGGGAAAAACGCUUUGACAAUAUCUACGACCUGGUUGCGGACGGGCUUAUUUGUAUGUACGUCGACAAAUAUGCUUGUGAAUACAUCCAGAAAAUGACGGAAGAAGUUGUCUACGAGCAAAGCCCAUACACUGUUUAUAAUCGAUCUGUUGGGAAAACUCGUCAAGUUGCUCCACGACCGCAUGUCUUCACGCAGCAGACGUUUAAAAUGCCACAUUACUGUGAUUAUUGUCGCAAUUUUUUGUGGGGAUUGGUUCAACAGGGUGUGAGAUGCGAAGAUUGUGGAUUUGCCGCGCAUAAGAAAUGUUCGGAGAAGGCGAAACCGGAUUGUCAGCCGGGUGCAAAGUAUAUCAAACGCAUUUUUGCCAUCGAUAUCACUACCCUAUGCAUAGCCCACAAAACGGAAAUCCCCGUAAUCGUCUCUUCUUGCAUCCAAGAGGUUGAAUCUCGUGGAUUAAAAGUCGAAGGAAUCUAUCGGGUAUCAGCUUCUCACGAACAAAUGGAACGGCUCAAGCGGCAAUACGACUCACAUUUCUAUGUUAAUUUAGCUCAGGUCGAAGACAUCCACACGAUUUGUGGCCUGUUGAAACUCUAUCUCCGGCUUUUGCCCCAGCAACUCGUUCCGUUUCCGGUCUACCGGGGCUUGUUGCAAAUCUACGCCGAGUCGAAUAGCCCUCAGGAUAUCCGAAAAGCUAUAAGAAAUGCCCUCUACGAUCUCCCUGAAACCAAUGCAAAGACGUUGAAAGUGUUAUUGAUGCAUUUAAAUAAGGUAGCCGAACAUUCCGCUGACAACAAAAUGACGGCCGAAAACCUGUCGACCAUCUUCUCACCAACACUCUUCUGUACUGGGAUAACCCCAGCAUUGCCUCAACAACAACAUAUGCUCCUGCACACAUUAAUAGCUCAGCCACAACUUGUACCGGUUAAGCUUGCCGACAAAAAU